AAAAUAUUCCUAAAAAACAACAACAAAACAGGUUUGUCUCACUCUCUCACUAACCGGAAACCUAAAAAUUCCAUUUAUUUAUCAAAUUUUCCUUGACGUUGGCCAAUAAUGAUAAAGUUUGUCAAACACAAACAGCAGCAGUAUUAUCUUAAGCAACGACAGCAUCAGGACCCGCAACUAAUUUCGUCACAACAACAACACCAGGAGUCGUCGUCCACUUCCACCAUCUUGUCGUACUCUUCCUCGUAUAAAUCGGCCAAGAAUUUUUUCAAGAAAAAGGGCGAAUCAAAUGACUCGGGUACUGAAUCUGAUGGCGACAUCUUAGAUGUGGAUACAAAACAUCAUCAACAACACUUAGAGUUGGAUAUGGAAACUAGUUUUAGUUCCUGCACCGAUGCAAACUCUCCGACCGAUACAAUUUGUUCAUCAGAAUCUUCUGCGAUGAUGUGUAAAUCCCACCUUCAGUACGAUCAGCACAGUUCCGAAGAAGAACUUGAAGUUAUCAAUGGACCCUCGUCUGUAGCGGCUGCUGAGGCGGCGCAUGCCGCCAGCAAUGUGUUGACAGUGCGUGGCACAUCGUCGCUGAUAUCAGAACGUGGGACUUCAUCACUGGAUCCCGAUGAGUUGCAGGGAGAAGCAGCGGCCUUGAAAAGGUCCAGUUCAACAUUAGUAGAGAAUCGUAAACGAUCACUGGCACACAGUUCCGAUGAUGAUUUACGAAAUUUCUUGGAACCGAUUUUAACGCCUGUCAACUUUCGCACAUCACCGCCUUUGGAGGCUUUCAAGCCGAACCGUAGCCACAUGUAUCGUUCGACAACGCCACUCAUACUGCAGGAGGCACGUUGCGGCAUUGAAAAUAUUAAGUUAUGUGAUAAUAGUGUUAAUGAUGAAAACGGUGGAUCAGCCGUUGGCAACAAUGGCGACUCGUCCUCGGCUAAUUGUGCCAUGGGCACCGAGGAGGAGAAUGCCGAAAACAAUGAGGGUAGCAGCAGCAUUAUCAAAAUGAAAAUGAGCGGUUCGACCAGCAGUCAUCACAUUUAUCAACCUCAAGCCAAGCAUAAUUUUCAUUUUAAUAGUUCGCGCAGUAGUCCUGCCUCCACGACUGGUCUCGAUGUUGAGGUACGGUCGGUUAGUCCACCGGCGAAACUCUUCCAUUGUGCAAUAUCACCUAGACGCCGACCCAUGCGCACACCACACAAUUCACAGCGGCUGCAGAGACCGCACAGGCCAUGUUUAGAUUUUGAUAAAAUGCAGCAGGUUAGUUUGUAAUGUAGCGCCAAAUCAAAGACAAAAUUUCAAAACAGCAACAACCACAACAACAGCAGCAGCAGCAGUAACAACAAAAACUAUCACUAUCAUCAUCGUCGCCACCAUCACCACCACCAACACAAUCAUCAUCAUCACAACCACAAUAAUAAUAACAAUAACAACAACUACCACCAGCAUUACUAUCAGCAGCAACAACAAACAAUGUCAAGCGGGAGAAUGUCUUCUUCUUCUACUUUUCAUGCUAAUAUCAAUAAUACUGAGAUAGCAACAACAAUAGUACCGGAUACCAACUACAACAACUAUAAUCACAACUAUUACUAUUUCUACAAUACUACAACGUCAGCAGGAGCAACAGCAGCAUCCGGAACCCAAUUUGUGGCCACCCAUAAAAUAUCAAUAGCAAAAACCACAACAGCAGCAAGCGAAUGUGUACCUAAAAUUCUGCAAAUGCAUACGGAUGCAACAACAUCAUCAUCGUCGUCGCCGUCUUCAUUGCCACCACCACCAUCAUCAUCAACAACAACAACGCCAGCAGCAGCAGCAACAUUUUUUGGAGCAAUCACAGAAGAGGUUGGUGUUUGACAACUGCUAGAAGGAAAGUCCACAUUUAUAACUGAUAUCAAUUCAAAUCAACAAUAGGAUCCAAUGCAAGUAGCAUAACCUCAAUUCAUGUAUUUUAAAAGAGUGGCUUUUUCAAAAUUCAUUCCAGUUUUACUGGAUAUUAUUACCAAUGAUUGGUAAAAUUCAAAAUGUUCCAGAUACUUGGUCUAGCAUCAUGCCUCGAUUUUAUGUUGUUAAAUUGAUGAUGAUCAUUGCAUUAAUGUGGAAUAUAUUACUAAAUAAUAUUAGUUCAUAUUUUUACAAACCUAAAUUUGUAUAAAACUUAGGGUAUCUACACAUAAGGAAAUCCGGAAAAACUGGAUGCUCCGUUAACGAACAGUCGUAUAGGGUUUAUAACGAAGAUCUCUUAUAAAUUAUGAUUGGUUGUAUUACAUUUUCGUUAUAACCCCGCCCCGACUGCACAUAUCUCUCGCAAAUCCUUUAACACUUUGAAUUCUCUUUAAAAUUGUUUCUCUAAAAGAAAUUUUAAUUGUUAUUUUUUUAAAGAAUUGUUUAAAAAUAAGUAAUACUUAUUUCAAUGUUUAAGCAUAAAAUGAAUUACAAAUCUAAUAAUUUUAAUAUGUGUAAACAUACACUUACAUCUAAUAAGGCAUUAAAAUGUUGAUUUAAAAAACAAAAGGGAAUUUCCAAAAGCAAAACGAACGUUGCAUAAACGAAUCACUGUGAUCUACAACUACUAUGUGACAAAUUUUUGAUUUGAAAGCAAAAACUUGAAUGGAAAACUUUCGGAGAUUUUGUUGGAAUAUUUAGACGGGACAAGAAAAUUUUAUAAAUAUCCCCUUUUCAAUGUCAAGAAAAUUGAAUUUAUUUCAUUUAAUUUUUUUCAGUAAAUUAUUUUUUGCAAACCUUAUAUCAUAGCUACUCAAAAUACAUAUAUAUUAAUAAUUAAUUAAAAUAAUUUAAUGAAAUGUAUAUGAAUAGUUAAUUUUUUACUAAUGUUUCACAUGGCAAACGUUUCAUUUCUCUUUUGUAUUUUUCUAUUUUUAAUAACGCUAUGAAUUUAUGAAUAUCAUCUGUGAAAUGAUGUGUAAAUAAUAAUCCAAGAAUUUAACAGCUUUCGGGGUUGUCUUGUUUAUAACAUUUUAUAAUUUACACAUUCUUUCCGGGAAGAUAAAAUCCUCAGAAUAUGGAAAUAUUAAAAACACAGAACUAUGAAAUAUUGGUAACAGUGGCCUAGAAAAGCCCUUCUCUAUAUGUUUGGUAUAAUUAAAUGAUGUCGAUUUUUUUUAAGUUUAAAACACAUUCGAAAUCUCACUUUAUGUAUCUUGUCUUUUACCGAUUUCCAACAAAAUAUCCUGCUGAUCUGAUUGCCAAAAUGUGAUUUAAGCUAUUAUAAUAAUAAUAAUUGUGAUAUUUUUCGAUGUGAAAUUCUCCAAGAGAUUUUGAAAUAACAUUUUAUUGCCUUUGUUUGUUUUAAGUAACAUUUAACAAAUAACACAAUUUGAUCUCAAUUUAUAAUAUUAUAUUUUAAUAAUGAUUUUUUUAUGUUUGUUUGUGCGUACAAAACGUUUCAAUGUUUUAAGAACUUCCCAUAAGACAAUGACCAAGAUGAAACACUAUUCGAAUGCAAACUUUAGUCGAUGUAAGCUUCAAUUUUAUGAAAAUGAAAAAAGUUGAAACUUAUUCUUCGAAAACGAUUAAAACCUUUCACGUGACCCAAAAGGACAUUUUUCAGACUGCAGUUUAUCUUCGAUUUGACGUUCUCUUCGACUGUUGUAUUGUAAAGCAACCCUUGCUAGUAUAUAGUAACACGUCCUGUGCAGUACUACCUUCUUGCCUUCUUCUCUCUAACUUCUCGCUUUCCUUGUUGCGGAAAUUUCAGCCUGAAAACUCUUCUCUUCUAGAGGUAGAUCAAGUGUCUGUGAGCCACCCUAGCCAGUUCAUGAGUCAUUUUAUUCUCUGCAAUGCGAUUGUGUAUGGGGAUCCUAAAUUGUGUCACGUAUCUCUAAAAAUUUCAUGAAUAGCUCUGGAUUUUGUGGUGCUAUACUUGAGUACAUUUAGAACCCCUCGACUUUUGCAUACAUUGUAGCGGAUCCUACAAUACUACCUUGUUGCAUGAUUUUUAGCCUGAAGACUUUUCUCUUCGAGAGGUGGAUCAAGUGACUGUGAGCCAACCUAGCCAGUUCAUGAGUCAUUUCAUUUUCUGCAAUGCGACUGUGUCUGGGGACCCAUUAAAACUUAAUUGUGUCACGUAUCUCUAAAAGUCUCACGAAUAGAUCUGGAUUUUAUGGUGCUUGAGUGAGUAACAGUUUCUGCAAAACUACCUUGUAGCAAGAAUUUCAGACUGAAAACUCUUAUUUUAGACCGCCGGAUCAUGCGACUGGUAUGUCACCCCUAGCUGGUUCAUCAGUGAUUUAAUUUCCUUCAAUGUGGCUGUUGGCGGGGACCAAAAAAGUAUAAUUGAGUCACUAAAAUCAAUGUUCUGGAGUUGGAGGUGUUUUUUUGAGUGCGGUACUGCAAUACUACCUUCUUGAUUUCCUUGUUGCGAGAAUUUCAGCCAUAAAAUUAUUUUCUUCGACCCGUGGAUCAAGCUUCUAGUGAGUCAUCCCUAGCUAGUUCAAUAAUCAGCCAUUCCCUUACCUGCAAUGUGACUGUGACCGGGAUUCGAACAAAGCUUAAUGGUGUCACAUAUCUCUAAGAGGCUCAUGCAUAGCUCUGGAGUGCACUGAUAACUUCUUGUCAAUCUAGAUAUGUACAUCCUGCAGCUUGCUUCAUUGCGAGAAUUUCAGCCUGAAAAAACUCUUCAUUUGUAUGAGUUUUGUAUGUGGAGGUUAGAGCCGUUGAGGCCUGCUCUAGAGCCUUCAUCCAUUUUAAAAACAUCAGCACAAAAGCAGAUAGACCUUUGAGAGAAAUCUUCCCACUAGUUCUUUCCGCAAUCAGAAAUUUCUCUCAAUGUUUUAUCCACAACAUCCUGUUCAGGGGAAGUUUGUCGGUCAACAUAUAUGUGGUCGCAGGGCUUGUAGUGUUACUCUCAAGAUCUCUAACCCACCAGAUACCACUUCUAUUUGGGCUUCAGUUAUAGUUAUCCUAAAAGCCAGUCAGUUGGAAACUGCCUUUCCCAAGGAGUUAUCAAUAUGGAUUCACAGUUCCUUUAUGUCCAUUUUUCCCACAAGGGUAUCGUUCGCGUUCGACGCGCCCUAUAGAUUCUGUGUUAAUCGUAAUCAUAUGGUAACAAUUGUUGGACAAUCACCAAAAACUAUAAGUAAUUGUAGUAUUUAGAAAAAAGGUUCCCGAGGUUGGUUUGUAAAAAAAUUGAUAUAAUCCAACCAGCAGCCAGCUCACAUAUCAACUUUAUAACAACCUCACACCCCACCCCUGUUUUCUUUUCUUCUAUUGUAUCGUAGAAUAGUCCUGCCUGUAAUAUUGGCCUAAGAUUAAUUUUCUUGCUUUUAAAGUUCAUCGGGAUUCUUUAAGCUUAUCACAAAGUAUCGUCCUACAAUCGAAAUAAAAAUUGAUUCUGUUUUUCUUUUAGAAUUUCCCCUUUCCAAUAUUUUUUUUCGAAUAGUGUUUCAUCGGAAUGAGUUCGGUUAAUGCUACAUAACUUGUAAAUGAUAAUAGUAAUUGCAUAAGACACUGGAAAUACACAUAAAUUACGCUCCCCCACAUUCACUUUGCAUUCAAAAAUCAUCCAAAAAAAGAAAAAGAAUACAUACAACUGAACAGAACUGGCCAACUAUAACUGCAACAAUAAAACAAAUUCAAAAUCUAAACCGAUAACCAAAACAAAACAAAAAACAUACAUACAUACAAUGGAAACAAAUAUGGAAACCGAAUCCAAUAACGAAAAGAAUGAAAUAUUUUCAAAAUGAAACAUUUUAAAAUAAAACAAAGAAAAAAAACAACAAAAAAAAAACACAUUUUUACUUAAGAAAGCAAGCAUAAGGAAUGAAGGAAGAAGGCAGGAAGCAAGAUGAAGUAAGAAAUAAAAAAACCAAACACCUCUAUUCAUAAAAAAACAACAACAAAUAAAAAUAACAAAUAAUUUUAUAAAAAACAAUACAGAAAAUAAAAACUGAUAUGAGGAAGGAAGUAAGGAAGAAUGAAUAUAAAAAAUGGAAAACAAAUCAUUAUUUAAAUACAAAAAAAGAAAAAAAAAAACAAAACAAAAUCAACCAACAAAACUCUAGAGAAGACAGUCGACAACCAAAACCAACCAACCAACCGAUAUUUAACGGAACAAGGAAUGCAAAACAAACCAUAAUUACAACAACAAUAAUAACAACAACAAAUGAAAUCAAUAAUAAAUUAUGCAAAACAAAUAAAAUAAAAAUAUUUAAAAACAAAAAUAAAUACUAAAACAAAAGUAACAUACAAUACGACAACAACAACAAAUUUGUUUUUACACAGAAGAAGAAAAAUAAAAUAACUCAUACCAACAACAACAACAAACUAAAAUAACAAAACAAAAAACAUAUUUUUUCACCAUUAUAUAAAAAAACAGAAUAACAAUAAUAACAACAACAACAAAAAAACCAAAAUAUAAUCAAUAACAAUAAACAUAUAUUUCACAUACCGACCACCACCACCCAUAUUCAAAAAAUAAAUAAGAAACAAAACAAAAAAAAAAAAUAAUUACAAAUACAACAAUAUCAUCAUUAUAAACCAAAUCCAAAAUCAUCAUCAAUAACCAAACACUUACACUCACACACACACAAAUCCUAUUUUGUCCUCUUUAUGUUUUUGACCAUCCCUGAAAGAAAAAAAAAACAAGAGGAGCCACAAGAGUUUCAGUUUUAAAAUAAUUUUUAUUUUUUACAACAUUGGCUGAAUAGUCUUAAAGGGCAUUGCAGGGUAUCCAAAACCAAAAAGAACAUUUAUUUUCUACCCUUAAAGUCUAUUUUUUUUAAUUGUGUCCACCCAGGACAAAAAAAUAUGUUACCUGCUUAAUCGGGUAAUUAUUAUUUAAGAAUAUGCUCUUUUCCAAAACCUGCAAGAAUGUUAAAAUGUUGCCGCGACAGCCGAUUAUUCCUUUGUGAUAUCGAAAAAACAUGUAAAAAUAAUAGUUUCUUACAGGUUCUGGAACAGAGCCAGAAAUAGAUGUUUAUGUGAACCCUUUGAAGUCAAAAUACAAUUUUAUAAUAUUUGUCAAAAUGUGUAUCAUUAUUCCCUAUAUUGGAUCCUGACAAUCCAUAACUAUUCAGUUAGUGUAAAAAAACCUUACCAACUCCCCCAAAGAAUAUAUUUAAUUGUCCUGCUCCUCUAUAGAACAAAACUUAAAAAAAAACAACACACUAAACCAAAAAAGUCUGUGGUGUCAUGCUGAUGAACAAAAAAAAUUACAAAUGAUAAAUAUGCCAGAAACUGAAGAUGAAAAAGGAGGGUGAGGGCCAUAAGACUCAGCCCAUUCCCUCCGAAAAAAAUUAUGAGGAAGAAUUAAAAACAAAUAACAAAUUAUAUUUAAAUUUUAAGUAGUUGUAAAUAUUUGUGAAAACAAAAUAAAAAAACAAACAAACAAAUCGAAAUAAAUAAAUAUUCAAUAAAGGAAAAACAAAGAAUGAAUGAAAAAAAAAAACAACAAACACACAAGAAAAUCAAUGUAAUUUUAAUUUGUAUUAAAAGAAAAGAGACGAAACAAUUGAGUUCUUUUAAUAUUUUCUAAAACCAAACAAGAUUCCCAUUUUCCCAUACCUCCUCCCAUUGAAUUAUCGGUUCUGUAUUUCAAUUAGCUUUACAAUAUUUAUAUUUAUUAACAGGAAAAUAUAAACAAUAUAACACAAUAAUCCAAAGCCCUCUUAUAUCAAAUUGGUUAUAGUUUUUUAUCUCUUGUGUUAACUUUUUUUGGCAUAAAAAUAAAAACAAUAACUCUGGGCAACAAUCCUUUAAACCCCUAAAUUAGAAUUAUUUGCAAAUUACAUGAGUAAAGCACAGUGGUAUCCAAAAGCCGUAUAUUAUUAUUUGAUUUAUAAAAAUUUAAUAAAGUGGAACAGGAGGAGAAUUCAGUCCACAGUCUGACAAGUUUUCUGCCUGGAAUCUGUCAAAAAGGAAGAAACAAAAAAUAAACAAAUGCGACAAUUUAGCUGACUUACUUACGAAGCCGUUUAUCUUGUUUCAAAUAUGCAAUGCCGGGUACAAAUAUAUCAGAUAAAUAUAUCUUCUGAGCAAAAAUCGUCAAUGUUUUAAGCAAAAUCUUCAAGUAUCUUCUGAAUAAAAAUUUUGGAUUUUUAGUCAAAAAAAUGAAAGACAUCCCGACCAGACAUGUGGUUUUUUCGUGGGGAAAAGGGUUUACCUUGCCUCCUCACCGAAAAUCGUGGACUUUUUAAGAAGUUUUUUAGCAAUAUAACUUCUGUGCAAAAAUCGUGGAUUUUUUAAAGAAAAACUUCAAGCAUCUUUUAAAAAAUCUUGGAUUUAAAGAAAAAAGGUUGAAAGACAUACCCCAGACAUAGUUUUUCUAUUUUUGUGGGGAAAGAUUUUAACUUUCCUCCUCACAAAAAUCUUGGACUUUUUAAUUAUAAUUUUAAUUAUAUUACUCCAUCAAAACGGGGUUUGAAAAGCAAAAGAGUUCCAAACAGCCUUAAAGCCCCUAAAACGGGACAAUAAAGGAUGUUUUGGUAUUGAUCCAGUGCCAUAGCAAUUAAGACCUAAGAGAAAAUUUCUCUGAGUUAAGACCUCUAUAUCGUUUAGAGAGAAUGAAAUUCCGCCUUGGAGAAAUUCGUUGGGACUUCUCGCAGAGUCCUUAGGUAUAUAAUACACUUCACUCUGCCCUGUCGCUUUUAGGGUGAUCAAACAGGCGAUAAAAUCGGCGACAGCUGAUGGAACCGGUUGAGGGGAGAUGGCCUAAUUCUAGCGCCCUUUUAAGCCUAGAAUGGCCAUGUAAUUUAACACCCCUUUUUAAGACUGGAGAAAAUGCUAAUGUAUGGCAAAAUGUCACGCACUCCCCUAAAUUCGAGUGGUCAGAGAAGCCAUUUUCAGCCUUUAACUCUUAAUAUUCCCGAGUCCACAUAAAAUGCCCCUAAUAAAACUCCCCUAAAAGCAAUUGUUUCCUUCCUCGAGACACUCCAAGUUAGAGGUUCGUUAUUCAAGACCACCUUGUCCCUUUUUUAAAGAAGAGGCCACUAAAAUUCAAAGUUCUGAAGACAGUUAGCUAUUUCUCUCACGUUCGCCAAUAUUUUUAUUGCAGUGACCCGGUACACAAAUCUUCAAGGUAGCGUUAGAUUUUAUUUUUAUAUUGAAUAUCCUGCUGAUUAUGCUCAUAGAUAGGUUACCAGUACUGCAACAAGCUGUUUCCUUCCUCGAGACGCCUCAAGCAAGUUAGCGGUACACAAUUCUUCAAGUUAGCGUUGGAUUUUAUUUUGGUAUUCAGUGACUUGAAUAUCCGGCUGAUUAUUAUCAUAGGCUCCCGGCAGUUCUGGGGUCAAAUUCUUGAAAUCGAUGCAUGUUGAUGGCUUGAAUUGUUACCAUUUCAUCCAAAGAAUAUAAAACAUUUCACAAAUAUAAGCUGUCGGGUUUUGAUUUCUUUUCGAAAUGUUAAUAAAAUUUGAGUAAAAAAUGGUUAGGACGAAAAACUGUCCCGUUCUCUCGAUUUCUAUAUUUUUUCCAGCCCUUAAAGUAUUUCCGAUAAAAAUAAGAAUUUCAACUCCAGUCGAGCUCCAGAAGCCUCCACUUAUUUCUUCACUUGUUUUGACAUAAUUUCGUUAAGAAAUUGGAGAGGGCUCCAACUCCAUUUAUGUUCCGAGUUUUUAUAUCCUAUCUAAUUUUCCAUUUUAUCAAUACUAAAAUUUCUUCUAGACACUUAAAUUAUUUUUUUGUUUUUUUUUUCCUUUAAUUUUUUAUACAUAUUUAUUCCUUUGAUAAGGGGCUAACCUUAAAACUUUUAUGGAAACAACUUAUUAAUAUGAUCCUUAAAUUUUUUUCUUUAGUAAUUUAGCAUUUUACUGAUUUUUAACGGAAACCCUUUUUCUGGUUUUAUAAAAACCCAGGAAUCUAUACCUUGUUGCUUCAAAAUAAUUUGAAGAUUCUGUUUUCAAUUUCAGUGAACUCUGAACCCACUGUGCUGUACCAUUGCUCGAUAAUAUUUUUUGACAUUUUUAAAUCAAUUACUUGCCAAAAGAAAAAUAACCUUUGUCACAAAUCCAUUUCCCAGCAGAACAAAAAGAAAUCCCACACAUAGACCCACCACCUUUUGCAAACCCAAAGAAAUAUUAAACAAAAAAAAAAUAAAAAACAACAACAUCAACAACAAAUCAAAUCCCCUCACCAGAGUACGAGUAUAUCAUUGUAACAUUUUUAAAUUUAAGUGUAACGGAACAAAAUCCAAAUAAAACCAAGGACUCUCUAUAUUAAAGAAAAUCCCAAAACAACCACAAAAAACUAUUAUACAUUAUUACAUUAUCCCAUAUGUCAGCAGCAGCAGCAGAACCCCCCUAACCUAACAAUAUUCUAACAAUAACCAGGCAUAAUUAUUUGCAAAUUAAUAAGAAAAAAAAAAGAUAUUUUUAAUAAAACAGAUAUUUAAAAGAAAAAUCAGAAAAAAACGAUUUUUUUCAAAUUUCAGUUGACCACCACAAACAACUACAAAACAGGCAACCAAAAACCCAUUUUCUUCAUCCACACACCAAAAAUACAAAAACACAUGAAACGCCCACAAAACAACAACAACAAAACAUUGAAUUUCAUUGACUGAAUUAACAAAAAAAUAAUAAAAAAAUCAACAAAAAUUUAAAAAACAAAGACGAAACCAACAACAAGUUUAAAACGUAGAUUUUAAGUCUUAACAAAAGAAAAACAAAACAAAUAAAA